AUGGAGGGGUCGGAGGGGUCGGGUGCCUCGUGUCCCGCGGCGGCGGCGGCGGCGGCCGAGCAGCAGGUGCGGGUGGUGCGGUGCCCCAAGUGCGAGAAGUUCUUGCCGGAGCUGCCCAACUACUCCGUCUACGUCUGCGGCGGAUGCGGCGCCACUCUCCAAGCAAAAAAGCACUCAGCACCCGAGACUACUUGUUUGGACAAAACUGACGUUGUACAUGUGAAGUACCUUGAAGUGUUGGAGAGUUCGCCAGAGAAGAAGGAACCAGUAUCUGAAGCUAAUUUUGAAACUAUCUCAGAAGAAAACUCUCAGAGAGUCCAAGCUACUCCCGAAGAGAGAUUAGUAACCCAAAGAAUGAUGCCAGAACACAGAGAUUCCAGAUGUAGUUCUGGUGAUGACCAAAUCCCAAGAGAGCCAAGCACCUUGAUGUUUAGGGCCACUCUUAGAGAUGACAGCACGGAGAUUCGGGAAGCCAAGUACCGGCGCAUACGGAAUGAGGAGAAAGGAGAUGUAAAGCAACCUGUGAGACCAAGUGACAGAUCUCAUAUCUCUGUAGUCGACACCAUUCCUCCUAAUGCUUAUCAUGGUGAACACCAGAUGAAGUCAAGCUUUGGAGAUGCAAAUGGUAGUCAGUGCGCAGACGGGAGGAAUAUGGACGGUCCUAGCAGUGUCAGUGGGCUUGAGAAAGACCGCGCCGAGCUUUUACGGAUGCUUGAUGAGCUGAGGGAUCAGGUGCAGAGAUCCUGCGAAAUCACUGAGAAGCCCAGUGUAGGCGCCUCCACAAGUAGAGUGGUGGAUGCCUCGAGCUCGUACAGUCCUCAUGAACUGCUGAGUCGGUUGCGGAACGGUUCUCAGUGCUCACCAUCCUUGAGUGGGCAAAAUCCUGGCGUUCUGCAUGCUUAUGCUUCAGUCCCCACACAUCAAGAUCUACAAGGAUAUAGAGAGCCUGACACACACAUGGGGGCUCCUUGCUAUCCUGUUGGCCAGUAUCCAUGGAGGAAUUGUGACAGUUAUUUCUUUGGACAGCAUAAUCAUGACCCUCUCGUCUCUUACCACCAUGGCGGUUUCUACCACCAGCCUGCUUGCUCUUGCCUGCAUUGUCAUCACCGUGAGUUCUUGCCUGUUCAGGGGGCUCCGAUGGGUUUCAAUCAUCACAGGGUGCCAUAUCCUGGGGCGUACCCGGUUAACGGUUCUGUGAUGUUUGGCAUGCAAAAUAAAAAUUCGAGAGGCAUCAAUGCUUCGAUGCACCGCGGUCACAUGAGGGGAAACCUGAGCAAGAAGCCUCCGCAAACAUGUGAACCGAUUGCCUGCGGAGCCCCAUUUACCAUAUGCUACAACUGUUAUGAAGUGCUGCAACUUCCCAAGAAGUGCCCCUUGCCUGGGAAGGAUGAGUACAAGCUACGUUGUGGGUCAUGCUCUCAUGUGAUCAUGGUCAAGCUUGAUGGAAGCAGGCUUGAUGUUUCAGCGCCUUCGCCAAUUUCACACAUGUCUGCUGCUAGUAGAAAUAACUCCAGUGAUGUCCAAGGAAGCAAUGCAUACUCUGCUGCUGAUGAGAGACUGCUUCCGCUUUACAGCUUUUCUGCAGGGAGUCAUUGCUCUCGAGAAAGAGAUCUGCACUCAGACUCAAGUGACACAGAAAAGGUGCAAGGUAUAUCAUCGUCUUCUAGCAUUUUUGAAGAUGAGAAUAAUCCUGCGAGAUCUAAUUCACAGAGGGGCACCCCUAGGUCCAGUGAUCUGCCCGUUGAAGCCCAAGUUGUUAGCCGUGUUCCGAGUUUACCUCUUCAGCAUCAUUUUGCACAUUCACCAUCUGAGAGGGUGGUUAAUGGAUCAGGAAAAGGAAGCAGAAGUACCCGGUCUGAGCAUGAGAAGACAGUAUUGACUGAAACUUGUAGACACAACACUAUAAAAGAUGUACGUGUAGUGAGUGUGAUGAGCUUGUCAGAUGAUGAGUACGAGGAUCCGGACUGCAGUCAAGAUCCCUGUGUUGGGACUCAACAUGUAGAUCGCCUUACCGUCACGAAAACGGGUGAUUCAUUCUUUACCAAUCUCAUGAAGAAGAGUUUUAAAAUCAACAAUGGAAUGGGCAAUGGCAGAGCAAAGGUAUUCAUUAAUGGCUAUCCCAUCUCCGAUCGUGCUGUCAAGAAGGCUGAGAAGAUUGCCGGACCAAUCUACCCUGGUGAAUACUGGUACGAUUAUCGUGCAGGGUUCUGGGGUGUAAUGGGUCAAUCCUGCCUUGGCAUGAUACCUCCGUACAUUCCUCAGCUUAACUAUCCUAUGCCCAAGAACUGCGCUGGUGGAAAUACUGGUAUAUUUAUCAACGGGAGAGAACUUCACCAGAAAGAUUUUGACUUACUCGUGGGUCGAGGUCUCUCAGAAUCUCCUGACAGAUCAUAUAAGGUUGAGAUGUCUGGUAAAGUGUAUGAUGAAGUCUCUGGUGAAGAACUUUAUUGUCUUGGCAAACUUGCACCAACUGUUGAGAAGAUGAAGCGCGGUUUCGGCAUGCGGCCCCCGAGGACCAUCCACUGA